CCCGCCCCCGUGCCCGCCCGCGUCCCCCGCGCCGAGCCCCGGCCCGAGGGCGGCGGCGGCUGUUGGUGACAGCUUACAAAGGUGACCAGUAAAGUUCUCUCUGAGCAGCCAAAAAGCAGACAGCUCAUGACUUCUGAUCAGGACACUAAAGUUGUGGCUGAACCGCAGGUGCAGCAAGUACAAGAAGUUAAGGACGGUUCUCAUCUAGAGUCAACCAAGGUUUCUGAGUUAAACCCCAAUGCAAAGGUGUGGGGAAAUCAUAUGUUACACUUGGAAGCAAGUGGUGCCACUGAUGGUAGCGUGAGCAAAACGUGGGAAGAAAUACCUGACCAGCCUCCAGAUUCCUGUAAAGAAGGACUGGAUGCCAAUGGCGAUGGUGACAAGCAGCAUCAGAGCGCGGUGCUGACGGAGCUGCCGGAGCCGAGCGCGGCCGUGCCGGGCUCGGAGCAGGCGGACAUGAACCCUUUGGCUCUCGAUCAUUCCGAGUAUGAGUCUAUGCACGAAACCACCCAGACAGGUGGAAACGAACAGUUGCAGCCAGAAGGUCAGGAAGAUUUACGAGAAUUACUGAAAAAGACACUGGAAUUCUGUUUAUCUAGAGAAAAUCUUGCCAGUGACAUGUACCUUAUAUCACAGAUGGACAGUGAUCAGUAUGUGCCAAUAAUGACAGUAGCAAAUCUUGAUCAUGUCAAGAAACUCAGUACUGAUAUGGAUUUGAUUGUUGAAGUGCUGAGAUCGUUGCCUUUAGUUCAAGUGGAUGAAAAGGGGGAAAAAGUUCGGCCAAAUCAGAAUCGCUGUAUUGUGAUUUUACGUGAAGUACCUGAAUCUACUCCCAUUGAAGAGGUUGAAGCACUUUUCAAAGGAGACAAUUUGCCUAAGUUCAUCAACUGUGAGUUUGCCUAUAAUGACAAUUGGUUCAUCACAUUUGAAUCGGAAGCUGAUGCACAGCAGGCUUACAGAUACCUUAGAGAAGAAGUGAAGACUUUCCAAGGAAAACCAAUUAAGGCAAGGAUAAAAGCAAAGGCAAUAGCUAUAAACACAUUUUUGCCAAAGAAUGGAUAUAGACCUCUGGAUAUGAACCUCUACACGCAGCAGCGCUACACAACAUCCUUUUACAUCCCUCCAGUAUACAGUCCCCAGCAGCACUUCCCACUGUACAGCUUAAUUGGCCCACAGACCUGGUCAGCCGCACACAGCUACCUUGACCCUUCAUUGGUAACACCAUUUCCAAAUACUGGAUUUAUCAAUGGGUUCACAUCUCCAACCUUCAAGCCUGCUGCUUCUCCACUGACAACACUCAGACAGUAUCCUCCCAGAAACAGGAAUCCUAGCAAGUCACAUAUACGCCAUACAAUACCCAGUGCAGAAAGGGGACCUGGGCUUCUAGACAGUCCUACAAUAUUCAACUUUUCUGCUGAUCGUUUAAUCAAUGGCGUCAGGAGUCCACAGACGCGGCAGCCGGGCCAAAGCAGGACACGGGUGCAGAGUGCCACCACCAGCUACACCAAGAGGGAAGUGGGGACUGGGAGGAUGGAACAGACCAGCCUUGACUCGUCCCCUGGACUAGGGAGGGGGAGGAAAAACUCAUAUGGCUACCGAAAGAAAAGGGAGGACAAGUUUACAAGAGGCCAAACACAGUCUCCACCACCCCCAAAACCUCCAUCUCCCAGCUUUGAAUUGGGUCUGUCUAGCUUUCCUCCAUUACCUGGGGCUGCUGGCAAUUUAAAGACUGAAGACCUGUUUGAAAACAGACUGUCCAGUGUGGUAAUAGGAACGUCAAAAGAAAGAAACAUUAAUGUGGAUGCAAGUACAAACACUAUUCCAUCAGGAAUUCCUCGAGAGCCGUUACCAGUUUCUUCUACAUUGCCCAGGACCUUUGAAAGGUCUCCUUCGCCUCCCCAGCCUACUGAGGACUCCAAAGUUGUGGAUAAACAGCAGAGAGAGACACAGAGUACAGAAAGACUUUCUUCUUCCACUCUGAGUACUGCAUGUAAAUCGGUACAAGUCAAUGGGGCUGCCAUAGAACUGCGAAAACCUAGUUAUGCGGAAAUUUGCCAGAGAACAACUAAGGAUCCUCCUACAUUGCAACCCCAGAAAGAACAGAAGCCAAACACUGUAGCAUGUGGGAAAGAAGAAAAAAAGCCCACAGAAACAAUAGAGAAAAACAGAGAACCUCCUCCUGCAAAGUCACAUCCUGGACAACCCAAAGACCAGAGAAGACAGUCAGGACGCAGAUCGUCCCCUCCAGCCGUUGGCAAACGCUUAAAUAAAGAACAGAGUACCCCUCCAAAAUCUCCUCAGUGAAAAUAACACCUGGGAGGGAUUUGAGAAGAGGUCUGUUUCCCACAAAUUAAACCCAUGUUCCCACUAAGAUACCUGAGAAUGAGUUGCUGGUUAGGAGCUUGCAGUGAUACAAGGCAUGUAACAAUGCCUGCAAGAUAUUUUUUUGUGAAAUACUUUUUCCCCCUCUUGAACAAGCAUUCUAUUUUUCUGGGUAUUUCUGGAUAGUUGUUCUAAACCUUACAUUUAGAUUGGUGCUUAAUUGGAGGUGAAGCUUAGUGUGAUUUUUUUUUUUCUUUUUCCAAGGUGUAAAAUAUUUGUCUUUAAAAAAAAAUCAACUUUUUAUUAAGCCUCUCUGUGGCUGUGUGAGUGCAAGCUCUGUAUAGUGAGUUUUUUCUAAACUGUUAAGCAGAAACAUGCUGCUGCAAUAUUUUUAAUAAACUGGUCUGCAAGUACAUAUCUAAAUUAGUGUCCAAAAGACUGAUAACGGCAGCUAGUGUGUAGAGUGCAAGAAAGUAGAUAUAUUUUACAAAUUAGUAUGUGACCUUGAAGAUUUUUCUUUUAUUGGGCUGCUGUACUAAGUGUCAGCAAACAAACUUGCACUUUUAGGUUAAAUGAGUAGCUGUUUCUAGCAUUUUUAAAAACUUAAUCUUUUUUUGAUGUUUUGCACACAUAAAAUGAAUUCUACAGGGCACCAUAUAGCAGUCUUUCUGAAAUAUUUCCUUUUUUGACUUACUGCAAGCAAGUAACCAUCUUCUCACUCCAGAAUAAAACUGAUGUUAUAAUUUGCAAAUACAAAGCACAUUGUGAAUAGAAAGAAUCAAGUCUGUGAGCUUCUAUGGUGGUGAAGCCUGUUAGUGGAUGUUAUCAGGAGAAAGCAGAGUAGCCUUCUUGUGAUAACCUUAGCUUCCCUGUGCUUGUAAGGGAGUUAACUGAGUCAGCGCUGUAUAUUCUGGUUACCCCUGUGCUCUGUGUAGACUUUUUUUAAAAACUCUGCCCCAAGUGCUCUUUGAAAGAGUUCAUAUCUUAGUCAGCCUUGUGUUGACAUCUUCCUGUAACUACGAGCAUUGGCAUACGGAUUUCAAUUUUUCAAGCCGCAAGAUAAUGGUGUUUGUUUUGUGUGGUGGAGGAAGAGAUCCCUGAUAUUUACCUCUGGGAUGAGGUUUCUCACACUUAUUUACUUUAGAAGUGAUGCGCUUUCUGAAGGACAAGGAUGCACUAAAUUAGCAAGUUUCUAAUAAAGUUGAAUAUAAAUUAUUUUUGUUUUAAAAUGCCUAAAGCUUUUCUUUAAGUGUUUAAACUGCAGGAAGUUCAGACAAAACUCAUUCCUGCUGACUAUGACAGUACAGUUUAUUCCACAAAAAUGUUUAUUUAAACAACUGAUUUUUUUAAAGAAUUAUUUCCAUCCAAUAUUUAAAGACUUGAAUUUUAUUUAAACUUGAAAAUGACUUUGCCUUAACUUUUGUACAAGACAGUUUAGAGUUAAUGAGGUCUGACCCCGUGGAGGGUUAGCAUGAAUGGCAUACAGAAUUACUCAGUUACAGUAUGUAUCUAUUGUCACUGGUCUUACUGGGUAAACAUACUGUAGUACAGGAACUAGCCGCAGUUUUUGUAAUAUACCUUAAAGAUCUUAAACAGUUGAUCUUUUUCAGAUUGUUGAAAAACCUGUAAAUGCAAAUAGUCAAUACUGUAUUAAAUAUGUGCACUUGGAAGUGUGUGCUUUGCUUGUACAGUUGUAAAUAAUCAGAACAUAUAAAAAGGUACCCUAAAGAAAAAAAUCUGAUAAAAAUUAUUGAUAUUAUAAAUGUUGCUGUUGAGCUGGAUGUAGAUAAACUAAAUGUUGUGGUUUGAAUAUUACUUUAA